AUGCACCUGCUGUUCGCGACGACCGCGCUCAACGCACGCAUCCGCAUGCCCAUUACCGCUGACGACAGCCCGUACAAUUUUGUCACCAAGAUCGCCAACUACGAAAAGAUCAUCAAUAUCCCCAACAGCAUGACAGUGCUGCCGGAGUUGCUGCCCCUGCUGCUGGAGAUGUCCGUGACGAAGGUUACAGGCACUAUUAACCUGACAAACCCUGGCGCCAUCUCGCACAAUGAGGUGCUGGAUCUGUACAAGAAGCACGUUGACCCCGGCUUUACCUACGAGAACUUCACGGUGGCGGAGCAGAAUGAGAUUCUCCUCUCAGCACGCAGCAACAACAUGCUCGACACGACUCGGCUCACAGAACUUUUUCCGCAUGUGACUGACGUUCGUACAGCCGUGGAGAAGGUUUGCAGAGAGAUCGCAAGACAGUAUCCCUGUGGGAUUGUCAAGCGAAGGAUGGAGGCGAUGGGAAAAUCUGAGUGA